UGGUCAAGUUGUUCCACAGCGACGAGGCAAAUAAUAAGCUCCAGUGCGCCUCGCUGCUCGCUCAGAUCUUCUCGCUUGGGUCGACGGCAGCGGCUCUCUCCGGCGUUCUCCGCUCGCUACGGGUCGAGCUGGUGUUUCCUGAUUCGUCGAUGCUUCUCUCCCCUCAACGCUUUUGGAUCUUGCGAUUGACGGCAGUGAGAAGGAAGCGCGUGGCGGCGGACGCUUGCCGGAGGGAGGAGAUAGCUAGAGUAGUUGAUUCGAAGAAUUUUCAGCGGGGUGUUUUGGCUUCAGAGGCGACCUCCGCUUUGGGAUUCAAAGAUAACUCUUGAUUGAUAUGCCCCAGCAAUCUACAUCUAUAAAGAAACUUGAUAAAUAAUCAUUCAGUGAUGGCUUGCUUUUCUUGCAUACUCAGGACGAAAGAAAUUUCACGCCAGCAACAUAACCAAUUCCGUGAAGACAUUCCUGGAAUCGAAAGUGUUACAAUCUACACUUACAAGGAACUGAAAAAUGCAACAAACGGUUUUAGUCCAGCUAACAAAAUUGGAGAAGGAGGUUUUGGUUCAGUGUAUAAGGGAAGACUUAGAGAUGGAAAAGAUAUUGCUGUAAAGGUGCUGUCCUCUGAGUCAAAGCAAGGAGCACGGGAGUUUCUGACUGAAAUUACUGUGAUCUCUGGCAUAAUCCACGACAAUCUCGUCAAGCUGUAUGGCUGCUGUGUAGAGGGAUCUCACAGAAUUCUUGUUUACAACUAUCUUGAGAACAAUAGCCUCGCACAAUGCCUUCUUGGUUCCAACCGCAAUAACAUUCAUUUCAAUUGGAGAACACGCGUCAAAAUUUCUGUUGGUGUUGCUCGUGGACUUACAUUUCUUCAUGAAGAAGUUCAGCCACAUGUAGUUCACAGAGAUAUUAAAGCAAGCAACAUUCUUCUCGAUAAGGAUCUAACACCAAAAAUUUCUGAUUUUGGUUUAGCAAAGCUUCUACCAACUAAUAUGACACAUGUCAGUACUCGAGUGGCUGGAACAAUAGGAUACUUAGCACCUGAGUAUGCGAUUCGUGGACAAGUGACAAGGAAGUCAGAUAUUUAUAGUUAUGGUGUUCUUCUGCUGGAGAUUGUCAGUGGAAGAUGCAACACAAAUACAAGGCUGCCUUAUCAAGAUCAAUUUCUCCUUGAAAGGUCCCCAGAUAUCACGAAUGGACUUCUCGUCUUGCAGACAUGGGCAUUAUAUGAAUCUGGCAAGCUGGUGGAUAUCGUAGAUACUUCUUUGACAGAUGGCUUAGAUGUUGAGGAAGCAUGUAGAUUCUUGAAGGUCGGACUGCUAUGCACACAAGAUGACAUGAAGCUUCGGCCCUCAAUGUCAACUGUUAUAAGGAUGCUGACUGGCGAAAAGGAUGUAAACUCUGUGGAGAUCACAAGGCCUGGUAUUAUUGAUGACUUAAUGGACCUUAAAAUUAAAAGCAAAAACAAGGCUGAUCCAGUGAAUGCAUCCUCCACAUCAUCUGCUCUAGACACGCCCUCAUCCCUAGACGAUACAACGCAUGCAUUCAUGAGCUUCACGACAAUAUCUGAGCGAGAUUGAAGAUAACUGACGGUUGAAAUUCAAGAACUAACUCUCUAAUUCUUUUUCCCAAGUUGUUUAUUUCUUCAUUUUGCAUCUUGUAGAUUCCUCGUUGUGGAAAAUCCCACUAGGAUUGUAAUUGAUACAUAACUCGAUUGUGUAGAAAUUUUGAAGAAUAAAUAUGGAAUUGUUUUCUUGAUUUAA